CAAAAAAUCAUUACUUUUACCAUUCUACUUAUGCAACCUAGCUAAUGAGGAAUUUUUAUUUGAACUUUUCUCUCUAAUUUAUUAAUCUUUUCGUAAAGUAAAAGUAAAAGGCAACCGCAUUAGAAAAAAAGAGUAGAAUUUAUUUCGCACAAUUAUAUAAAUAACAUUAAUUUGAUCUUAAGUUUCAACUAACUACUAAAAAAAUUUGACUAUUGCACACCCAAACAACAAUUAUUAAUUAAACAAUGGAAAAUAAACAAAUAUAAAGCUAAGCGUGCGGCCACGACACAGACAAAGUUUCCCACGUUAGUCUUCCCCACAAAUCUCUUACUACAAAUUACACCAAAACUCUCAUUCAUUUCUCACACACAUUUUAUCAAACACCUUUCAUACACAACAAAAAACACAGUCAAAAAUAUUCUCAACAUGAGGACACUAUGCCCUAAUCUCGACAGAGAAGACGCACUGGAGACUGUUCUUGAAGUCCCAAUACCCGAAGAAAUCUUCCCCUCCAAUUACAAGCACAGAUCAUGGCAGAGCGUCAAAUCUUGGCUCAUCAAACCACCACACAUGGAAAGGGCUUCUUCUCCGGCAGGCGGCGGUCAUGCCAUGGAGAUUCAGUUCCUGUUAGGAGUCAUCGGAGCUCCAUUGAUCCCAAUUCCGAUCCAAUCCCAUCGUACGUUAUUCAACGACCGCACCAUCAAAGGCCAACCCAUCGAGAGUUCAAUGGCUAAGUACAUAGUGCAGCAGUACGUAGCAGCUGCAGGGGGAGAACAUGCUCUGAACAGUAUCGAUAGCAUGUAUGCUAUGGGGAAGGUGAAGAUGACGUCAUCAGAAUUUGGGGCAGGAGUAGUACAAGAUUUAAAUAAUAAUAAUAAGAUGAAAAAUAUGAAGAAUAAUAUUAAUGGAGGGGGCGAAUUAGGGGGGUUUGUGUUGUGGCAGAAGAGUCCAGAUUUAUGGAGUUUGGAGUUGAUGGUUUCCGGGUGUAAAAUCAGUGCUGGCAGUGAUGGUAAAGUUGCUUGGAGGCAGACACCUUGGCAGCAACAUUCGAAUUCUUCGCGGGGCCCGCCUCGGCCUCUUCGUCGAUCCUUGCAGGGGCUCGACCCGAAGUCGACGGCGAACCUGUUCUCAAACUCGAUCUGCAUUGGAGAAAAGGCCGUCAACAACGAAGACUGCUUCGUUUUAAAGCUCGAAGCGGGGCCGACCACCUUGAGAGCAAGAAGCAGCAGCAAUGUCGAUAUAAUCAGGCACACGAUAUGGGGAUGCUUCAGCCAGAGAACAGGGCUGUUGGUCCAGCUGGAAGACUCCCAUUUGCUGAGGAUAAAAUCGUCCGGAAAAGACGACGUCUUCUGGGAGACGAACAUGGAGUCGUUGAUCCAAGAUUACAGGACGAUCGAAGGCGUUAAUAUUGCUCACGCCGGAAAGACGAGCGUGUCCUUGUUCAGGUUUGAGGAAGGUAAUCUGGACGCGUGUACGAGGUCGAGAAUGGAGGAGAUUUGGAGUGUCGAGGAAGUUGACUUCAAUAUAAAGGGUCUUUCCAUGGAUUGCUUUCUGCCCCCUGCUGACUUGAAGAAGGAGGCUAACGAAGACGAAAACGGUUUUGAUUUAAAGAAAAACGGGGGUUUUGGGUAUAAGGUUUUUGAGAAUUCGAACAAGGGUUUCGUUCGGAGAGCUGGGGCAAGAGUUGUUGCUAUUGAUGAAGAGAAUUUGGAGCUCGUGGAAACGGAGGAUUGAGAGAGUUCUUGAGGUUAUUCGAGAAUAUAUAUACAUACACGUACAUUGUUAACUACCCAUUUUACACACAUAUGUUCGUGUAAUUGAGUGUAGAUGUAUUUUAUAAAUUUACGCGGUGUAUCUCACCAAAUAUAGGAUCUAAAAAAUCGGAGAUGUUCGAUCUUUGGCUAGUUUUUUUGUUCAUAUAGGUACCGGCUUAUUGCUACUGAAACCGAAAAUUGAAACCAAAAAUUCAACACUUCUGAUCAUUUCCGUUAAUUUAUUGAGAACGAGCAAUACUUAAGUUUCAAGAUUAGGUGUUAGCUAAUAGUGAUUUUUGUAUUACACACUCAAAACACACACAUACAUUAUUGAUUUUUUGUACAUGCUAAAUUGCACAACCACCAAAACAAA